GCCGCAUGGGCUUAUAUGGCCUGGGGUACACGUUCCCUUAGCCCUGUCCCCGGCACCUGCCAAAAUAGCAGCCAACACCCCCUCUCCCCUUGCCCCCACCACCCCCGGCGUGACUCCUGCGCACAUUCCUCUCACCGCCGGGCUGCGGGCCUGCUUAAAGCCUGUCCAGCCCCUGCCCUCGCCCAGACCCCGCAAGGCGGAGCAGACACCACAACACCCGUUGGCAGCUCCUGUUCUGGAGGGAAGAGGAGGCCAUGUCGGACGUGGAAGAGACGGUGGAUGAGUAUGAGGAGCAGGAAGGUAAGCACACCCCGACUCUCACUGGGUGGAAGGACGGCCUGGAUGGAAACUGACUGUUUCUUCUCUCCUCUCUUGCGCUCACACCUCCUCCCUGGAGCAGAAGCAGCCGCGGAAGAGCACGAGGAGGUGGUGGAAGAGGAGGCUGGAGGCGAGGCUGAGGCUGGGGAGCCCAGCACCGCAGAAGAUGGAGAAGAAGAGGAAGGUAGAGAGGCUGAAGAUGGCCCGGUGGAGGAGUCCAAGCCCAGGCCCAGGCCCUUCAUGCCCAACUUGGUGCCACCCAAGAUCCCUGAUGGAGAGAGGGUGGACUUUGAUGACAUCCACCGGAAGCGCAUGGAGAAGGACCUCAACGAGCUGCAGACGCUGAUUGAGGCGCAUUUCGAGAACCGCAAGAAGGAGGAGGAGGAGCUGGUCUCCCUCAAAGACAGGAUCGAGAAGCGGCGGGCCGAGCGCGCGGAGCAGCAGCGCAUCCGGACGGAGCGCGAGAAAGAGCGGCAGACGCGCCUGGCGGAGGAGCGCGCCCGCCGAGAGGAGGAGGAGAGCCGCAGGAAGGCGGAGGACGAGGCGCGCAAGAAGAAGGCUCUGUCCAACUUGAUGCACUUCGGAGGCUACAUCCAGAAGGCCGAGACGGAGCGUAAAAGUGGGAAGAGACAGACAGAGCGGGAGAAGAAGAAGAAGAUUUUGGCUGAGCGGAGGAAGGUGCUGGCCAUCGACCACCUGAACGAAGACCAGCUGAGGGAAAAGGCCAAGGAGCUGUGGCAGAGCAUCUAUGACCUGGAGGCGGAGAAGUUUGACCUGCAGGAGAAGUUCAAGCAGCAGAAAUAUGAGAUCAAUGUUCUCCGAAACAGGAUCAACGACAACCAGAAAGUCUCCAAGACCCGAGGGAAGGCCAAGGUCACCGGGCGCUGGAAGUAGAAUGGCGCCUCCUUCUCCAGGACCUGCUCCUCACCGGCCGCUCCUGACCCACCUUCUGCUCUGCACUGUCCGCACCCUGCACAGCCACCCCCCUCCACCGCUGUCCCCCGCCGCAGACCUGGAGCCGCCGGCCUGGCUGGAAGCUGCGCUUGUGCCCGCUCCCCACCCCCAGUCAUAAUAAAAGCACUGCACCCCCCGUA